AUGAGGAUUGGUCACUCAAAAGAGUGGGUUCGGAGCAUUGAGAGCAUUGAGGAAGGAUGUGAUGUUUUUGUUGUUUCAGGGGAUGCUUCUUUGCUGUUGCGAUACCGCCUCAAAUGUGUUGUAUGUAAUCAGGGUUCCGAGUGCUCCAGAAUACCUCAUGUAAAAAAUAUAGACACGAAAUGUGGGACCGCCCAUAUAUUAGUGCUGAAUGAAGUAGUGAUAGACCGAGGGCCUUCCCCAUACUUGUGCAAUAUAGUCCUGUAUAUAGAGAGUCGACUUGUCACGUCAGUACAGGGGGAUGGCUUGAUCAUCUCCACGCCGACGGGCAGCACUGCGUAUGCGGUGGCGGCAGGGGCAUCCAUGAUCCAUCCCAACGUCCCAUGCAUCCUCAUCACAUCCAUCUGCCCGCACUCACUCUCAUUCAGGCCCGUUGUCGUCCCAGCCGGCGUGGAAAUCAAAAUCAUGGUGUCUCCGGAUGCGCGGAACAAUGCCUGGGUGUCCUUUGAUGGCCGGAACAGACAGGAAAUACAGCAAGGAGACACGCUGCGCAUCACCACGGCGAUGUACCUAGUUCCCUCGGUGUGUGCCAAAGACCAAAUAGACGAUUGGUUUGAUGGCCUCGCUGACUGUCUCCACUGGAACGUACGGCGGCAACAGAAGACGUUACCUUCAUUACCCAGCACCACCAGUCUGGACUCCGUUAUAUUGGACCCUGACAGUAACUGACCAAGGUGUAUGUGUAACGAGCCUACAAGUAAAUUCUAGCAGGAAAUAUACGUCAUAAAUGUGCUUUUAUAGACCCUGACUCACUGACCACGACACCGUGAGAUUGGUGUUGUGUCAACUGUGUUCACUGCUGAAGAUCAUCUGAACUAAAUAACUUACCACGUCAAGUGCAAGGUCAAGGCUGUGAUUAACAAGACACCAUGAUUAGACAGAUUCUAUGUACCUCCAGAUUCAUAAAUGGUUAUUUGGAUUUGGCAGGAGGUGAAGAUGUGUGAGAUUAAGAGU